UUGUUGCUCCAGCGAUAGUAGUGGCCAAACGGCACGAUGACCUCCGCGAACAGGCUCUGGCUGCGCGAAGCGUCUCUGAUAGCGACGAUGCUGAUGCGCUUCGGAGGCGUGUCCUAUUGCCUAUCAGAGGCGGUCGACAUCAUCACGUGCUCGGGUCCGUCCAUGCUGCCGACGCUCAACCGCGACGGGGACAUUUUGCUGCUGGACAAGCUCUCGCCCAAGUUCUGGAAGCUACAACCGGGUGAAGUCGUGAUCGCCAAGUCUGUGUCCAACCCGCGUCGGACGGUAUGCAAGCGUAUUAUCGGGCAAGAAGGAGACACAGUUUGUGUGCGAUCAUCGUCCGAGGUGGAGUUCCACAGGAUUCCUAAGGGCCACGUGUGGCUCGAAGGUGACAACAAGUACGACUCGCACGAUUCGCGGUUCUAUGGACCAGUGCCACGCUCGAUGGUGGAGGGGCGUGUACUCAUGAGGAUUUGGCCGCUGAACCAGAUCAAGCGGGUUACGAAGGAGGUAGCGCCGCAGGCAUUUCGUGAGAGAUAGAUAGUAUUUUAAGGUUCUGGACAAUAUAGAGCUAUGCAGAUGCCACUGAAGGCUUCGUCAUCUUGUUGCCCAAAGUACAUGUACAAGACAGGAAAUUGUAGUACCCAAUAUCUCAAAAUAAUAUUUUAAUUCUUUUUCAACG